GAGGAAUGUUAAAGCUAAAUGAUUCCCUCUGGUUAAGAAAAAGACUCCAGGGGAGAGGCGGUUCAAAUUAACCUGAUGUAUUAGCGAUUGUGCCAAGCAAAAAAAAAGAGGGCCUCUAAGAAAGAGCUUUGUGGGGAAAAGGGGAAAUGAUGAGGGUUGGGGGAGUGUGUGUUUGGGUAGAGGGUUAAAAUGAAGUUUUGACAUAAUGCAGUGUAUUGUUUUUCUAAAUGAUAAUUUCCUUUCGGAGAAACAUGCCUGAUCCCCAAGCUCUGGCCGCAGCCCCCACCCCCACCCCAACCCAGAGGUCUCGAACAGGGGGAGAUUGGCUCGCCUGGAGUUCCCAUCCACAGACAAACCUUAUUAGCGGCUUUUGCCUCGGCAAGUUUAGCCGCGACAAUCACGAAACAAACCCUCCUUUACACGCAGGCCUUUGUCAGGAGGACAAUAAAGGAAGAUCAAGAAAAGAAAAGAGAAAAGGCUCCUCAGUACUUAUAUUUAUAUAAAUACACUCCAUGGCUGGCAGCCCCCUUACUGUCAUGAGAGAACUUGUUCGGAGACCUAUUUCUUUUAAUGAAAAAUUCAUUCCUGGGGAAAGACUUUGCUCUGGGCUGUUUAUUAAUGUAUUAGGUUUCUCCUUGGUGUAAUAAAAACACAGCAUUUUUUUGUGAUUUUUUUUGCUGUGGGAUUGUUAGAAUAACAGUGAAGUGGGCUCCCCUUAAACAUCUCAGCCCUCUUGGUCCUGGCAAGAGACGCGGGGGCAGUCACCUUAACCGACUGGCAGCGGCUUAGGCGCCUGUCUCGGGUCCUGUGUCACCGACACAUGCUCAGUCUGUCUUUCGCACACACACAUGGUCAAACACACACUCGCCACACUCCCACACACUCCCAAGAUUCCCACCCUGUACCUUGUGUCACCUGCUCCGUUAAUAACUUAAGCAGUGCUCCUUUGGUUUUCAGAGCCACUGGCUGGGCGUAAUAGACAAAACAUUAGCUGAUAUUCUAACCUCAGCCGGGUGUCUGGGGAGGGGCCCUGGCAUAAGGACGACCACGGGAGCAGGUUAUUCCCAGCCUCAUUCCUGACUCCCUUCUUUUCCCCUUUUUUCUUUUUCUCUCUCUUUCUCUCUCUCACUCUCUUUCACUCUCUCCAUUCUCUCUCUCUCUCUCUCUGUACUCUCCACAGCUCCACAGACAGAUCCAGACGGGCGGGCUUGCUGGAGAUGGCGUCGCCCACGGAGCGGACCAUCGCCGCGACCCCCCCGCCACCCAGUGUGAUCCCAAGACCUGAGGGCAGCAAUCAGCACCCCCUUCCCUAAGGCCACCACUUUCACUCCGCCACCACCACAAUCCCUCUCCCCCCACCCCCUUUUUUUUGCCUUUUCAUUUUUCACUCCUUCUCUCCCUGGAAAAGUAACCCCACCCCAUCCCACCGCACCCCCCCAGUCCUCCGACCCCCCCUGCCCAAAAAAAAGAAAAUCAACGUUUGCUUUUUUUCUUGCACUUUGACUUGUGGAACUCCCGGGGCCCAAUCAUGAGGAACUCUCUGAGGCAGCCGGGCCUCGUGCUCUUGUUCGUCACCUGCCCGCUGCUGCUCGUGCUGCAGGGGGUCACCAGCAAGGCCGAGAGCGGCCACUUCGGGGACACGGCCCCGGACCGCUGCAUGAGGCACCACUUUGUGGAGACCAUCACUCACCCCAUCUACAAGUGCAACUCCAAGAUGGUGCUGCUGGCGCGCUGCGAGGGCCACUGCAGCCACACGUCACGCUCCGACCCGCUCAUCUCCUUCAGCUCGGUGCUGAAGCAGCCCUUCAAGAGCACCUGCUUCUGCUGCCGGCCGCACACCUCCAAGCUGAAGGCCGUGCGGCUGCGCUGCAGCGGCGGCAUGCGCAUCACCGCCACCUACCGCUACAUCCUGGCCUGCAGCUGUGAGGAGUGCAGCUGAACACACACACACACACACACACACUCACACACACACACGGAGCUCAGAUUCGGAUUCGGAUUCGGAUUCUGCCAGACCACCUCAUCCCAACAUCACAUCACAGCUGUCACCAUUUCACAUCCGAUGUCCGUCCCAAAUGUGAACACUACCUGCUUUGGACUCGCACACAGUAACUGCGAGUUGCUUGUAGAGAAGCUGUACCUGAAUCGCAUGAAGCUUUGACUGUCCCAGUACCAACUUCUCCAUUAGCCAGUCUAAAACAGCAUGGGGGGGGGGGAAAUGGAAAACUGAAUCUGUAACUAGUCGACAGGAGGACCAUAACACCACAGCACACACACACAUACACACACACACACACACACACACAAACACAAAGUCUCCUUGCUACCAUCAUUGCGAGUGCCUCAAACCUGGAGCUGUGCAGCAGAACUCAACCCUGAACCUGUGUAUUAUGAUGACCUCCCACAGUAACCCUAUGGAGGAUGGGGACAGGGCCUCCACUAAACAUCUCACCUGAGUGGAGCCCAGGGAACUGCCUCUGCCAACCCAGAAUCCCUAAAC